AUGGAUCAUACAGAACAAAGCCAGUGUACAUGGACAGUUCACGGCGGUCUCCGAGUAUCAGCCAAAUCGUGUUGCGACAAUGAAGACGUCGUCUUGUGUCGGACAGAUGCGGAGAGAGGCCGCCACAUGCUCUUGGCCUUCAACUCGAUAUGUGCAAUCAUCUGUAUCGGAUUGAUUCCAAUAGUCUGUUAUCAGAGGAAACGGCAACAUGAGGCUCGUGGCUGGGCUCUAAUGGAGCUGUUUCUCAUCGGUGCCUCCAUCCUCUACUCGGUCCUUUUUCUCGAUUUCGUUGCACCGCCCGAGUACGGUUGUUGCGUGGCAGUGUGGCUUCGUCAAAUCGGAUUCUCGAUUUUUUAUGGAUCAAUUGUGCUCAAAAUUUAUAGGAAUCUCCAAGAGUACCGAGUACGAAAAGCGCAACAUGUGUCAGUUCGAGAGCAGGAUAUGCUGAAAUACCUCGCUGCCAUGCUAGCCUUGACGAUAACUGGUCUCAUGGCUUGGACUGUCGGCUCGUGGGGUGACACUGCGUUGUGGAGAACCGCGUGGCCACAAUGUUUGAUGCAGGGAUGGCAUGUGAUAUGGCAUGGAUACGAGUUGCUUUUCCUGCUCUAUGCAGUUAGAUUAUGCUAUAAAGCGAGAAAUAGUGACUGGUUGGAGCGGUGGCAGUUCACGGUGGCUGUGUGCUUAGAGGCAGUCAUCACAUUGAUGGCUAACUUGAUUAGGUAUUCUAUUCGAAAUUCUGGACGGGCGGAUACAUUAUUCAUUGUAUCUUUUGUUCAUCUUCAAUUAACGGUUUCGGUGAAUAUUGUUAUCAUUGUGGCUCCUAAAUUUUAUUUGUCAAAUGGUGAGCCGAGUCGACGAUCAAUGACACUAGGUGGUCACUCGGGACGUGCUCAUCCGUCGUUGGCGAAACUUCGUGAUAAUAUUCUAAACGGAACAAUCGACUUUGCGGAAGUUCCCAUCGUUGACAUGAAUCCCGAAGAUAUUCGGGCAGAGCUAAAGCGUGUCUACACGCAACUACGCAUGUACAAGUUGAAGAAUUUGUAUCAAGACAAUCCGCAUAUUUCAAAAAAGCGAGGAGGCAAGAAGUGGAGCGAUAAGAACACGAAGGCGGCACGCCGAAUCUCGAUACCGUCGUGUUCGCCGCAAACAAAACGGAUAGAGGAGGACGAGAAGAGUGAUCUGACAGUGGAGUCGUCGCCACACAACAUCUAUUUAAGCAAUUUCAAAGGAGUAAAUGUGAAUAACAUUGAGCAACACAAUUCAGUUCGGGUCUAG